AUGCUAAAUGAGAAGAAGCAGUUCCCAUCCCUCUAUCAGAUGGCCAGCAGUGACAGCUCUCUGGGCAUUGCAAUGCUGUCACUGCUGCUGCAUUUUGGCUGGACAUGGGUGGCGCUCUUUGUGUCUGAUGACAUGAAAGGAGAGCAGUUCCUGCAGGACAUCCAAGCAGAGAUGCUGAAGAGAGGAGUCUGUGUGGCCCUGACAGUGAAGCUCCCUGUCACCAAGAGGCUGUAUCAAGAGAGUGAUCUGACUUUCAUGAGCAGGAUCCAAGCUUCAACUGCAAACGUGCACAUCCUCUAUGGUGAUGUAAGGGCCCUCAUUACUGUGGACAUUUCAGUGGAAUUCUUUCUAACCAUGGGGAAGGUGUGGGUGAUGGCAUCCAAGUGGGACAUCGUUGUGUAUGAGACAGACCACAUGCUGCACUCUUUGCAUGGAGGCUUCUCAUUUUCCCCCCACAGAGAGGAGAUCCCUGGCCUCAACAAUUUUCUCAAGACAGUGGAGCCUUCUCUCUUCCCAGAGGACUUUUACUUCAAUAAAUUAUGGCUCUUGCAUCUGGACUGCUCACCAGCAGGGUCAUUUUAUGGACGCAUUGGAAACUGCUCACCAAAUGCAUCCUUGGAGUUUCUUCCACCAUACAUUGACCUGAUGACCCUCUCUGACUCCAGCUAUUUAGUCUACAAUGCUGUGUAUGCAGUGGCCCAUGUACUCCACGCUAUUCUGAUGGAGAAAAUGGAGCUGGGAUCUCUGGGAGAAGCAGCCCAGCCAAUGAUUCUUCCCUGGCAGGUAACCCUCCCUCAGAUCAACUUAGAUAUUGACCACUUGAUGUACUCAGCUGGUGUUCCUUUGGAAUACAACACCAUGACACAUCUUUUACAUCAAAGUCAGCAAUAUCAGCUCCACCCAGUUCUGAGGAAACUCAAGUUCAGAAACAGUGCUGGAGAUGAUGUAUCCAUGUGUGAACCAAGACGUGGCAUGGCACGUUAUGAUAUCCAGAAUGUUGUGAAUUUUCCUGCUGGAUUGAGCUUGCUGGAGAAAAUUGGAGAGUUUACCUAUACCAGUUCACAUGAGCAGGGGCUGCUCAUCCAUGAAGACCUGAUAGAAUGGCCUACUGCCUUCAAGGAGACUCCUCAGUCUGUGUGUAGCCAGAGCUGUGGUCCAGGAUUCAGGAUCUUGCCACAGGAAGGAAGACCCAUCUGCUGCUACACCUGUGUGUUCUGUCCAGAGAGAGAAAUGUCCAACCAGACAGAUGCAGAGCAGUGUUUCCGGUGCUCAGAGCAGGAGUACCCAAACUUGAACAGGACUCACUGCCUCCCCAAGCUGGUGACAUUCCUGGACUUUGAGGAUUCUCUGGGUACUGCUCUGGCCUGCAUGGCUCUGACCCUCACUCUCCUCACUGUUAUGGUGUUGGGGCUCUUUGUGAAGCACCGAGACACACCCAUCGUCAAGGCCAAUAACCGCAACCUCAGCUACAUCCUGCUCAUCUCACUCCUCCUCUGCUUCCUCUGCUCCUUCCUCUUCAUUGGCCGUCCCAACACAGCCACCUGCCUCCUAAGACAAAUCACAUUUGCCCUGGUGUUCACAGUGGCUGUUUCUGCUGUGCUGGCCAAAACCAUCACUGUGGUUCUGGCCUUCAAGGCCAUGAAACCUGGAAGGACCAUGAGGCGAUUGCUGGUGUCAGGAGCCCCAAACGCUGUCAUUCCCAUCUGCUUCCUCAUCCAACUGACUCUCUGUGCCAUCUGGCUGGCAACAUCUCCUCCCUUUGUGGACACAGAUGCACACUCUGAGCAUGGACACAUCAUCCUCUUGUGCAACGAGGGCUCCAUCACUGCCUUCUACUGUGUGCUGGGCUUCCUGGGCUCAUUGGCCCUGGGCACCUUCACUGUGGCUUUCCUUGCCAGGAAGCUGCCUGACACGUUCAAUGAAGCCAAGUUCCUGACGUUCAGCAUGCUGGUGUUCUGCAGUGUGUGGGUGACCUUCCUGCCUGUGUACCAGAGCACCAAGGGGAAGGUGAUGGUGGCCGUGGAGGUCUUCUCCAUCUUGGCCUCUGGUGCUGGGCUCCUGGGCUGCAUCUUUGUCCCCAAGUGCUACAUCAUUCUCCUAAGACCUGAGAGGAAUUGUUUGGAAGGUUUCAAGAAAAGAACAUGCUCUAGGGGAUUCUAA